CCCACUGCUUUUUGGGGUCACUUGUGGGACCUCCUGUGUUUUAAGCAGUGCCAGGGUGCCUGCCAUGCCAAGAAGUGAAGCACACUGGGAAUAUCUUCAGGAAUGCCUUCAACCAAGAGUGCAGACAGUGGAGUUGCUAAAAAACAUCCUUCCCAGUCUGGGAACGGCAGAGAUUCCUGAAAUCCCAAGGAGAAAACAGCUCACUUGAGCUGUGUGGGACACAGUGUUUGGGAAUCUGGGGGUUUUGUUUGCAAUUUAAUUCUCAAGGAGAUGUCUCCUAGAAAACACAGCUUUUUUUUUCACUGUACAAUAAAAUGAAGCUGUUAAAUACCUUCCCCUCCCUUUCCCUUCUUUCUCGCACACUCCUGUUUGCCUGGCUCACUCCCACUGCCUGGUGGCUCCCUUCCCCACCACGCUGUGUCUGGCAGUCUUUUUAAGUAUCUGUAGGCAAUUCUUAAAGCUUCCUUGGCCAUACAUAAAAAUAUAUUUCAGCAGGAGCGAAUACAGGGCUUCUAGCCAUGUGAAAAAAAAAGAAGAAAAUUGGCAAGCUGCAGAGAAAAAAUGGUGAUUCUAAUCCCUGUGCUCAUGGCCUUGAAGGCAGAGUCUGGGAGCUGUCAGAACAUUAUAGAUAACCUUCAUUUCUGUGUGUGAGUCCCUGGGAUUAUUGUUGCACAGAGUGUGAUUAUUCCAGGGAAUGCAGUCGGAUUUUUGGUGAAGAUGGUCUGACGCUGAAACUCUUUCUUAAAAGGACUGCUCCCUUUUCUAUUCUGUGGACUUUGACUAACUACCUGUAUUUACUGGCUUUAAAGAAGCUCACAGCCACAGACGUCUCUGCCCUGUUCUGUUGUAACAAAGCUUUUGUCUUCUUGCUUUCUUGGAUUGUGCUCAAAGACAGGUUCAUGGGAGCAAGGAUAGUGGCAGCAAUCAUGGCAAUCACAGGAAUUGUAAUGAUGGCAUAUGCAGAUGGUUUCCAGGGUGACUCAAUUAUCGGGGUGGCCUACGCCGUGGGAUCAGCCUCCACCUCUGCACUCUAUAAGGUUUUGUUCAAAAUGUUUCUUGGGAGUGCAAACUUCGGGGAAGCAGCUCAUUUCGUGUCCACCCUGGGCUUCUUCAACUUCAUCUUCAUCUCCAUCACCCCCAUCAUCCUCUACUUCACAAAAGUGGAGUACUGGUACCCCUUCUCUGCUGUGCCGUGGGGUUACCUGUGUGGAGUAGCUGGCCUCUGGUUAGCUUUCAACAUCCUGGUUAACGUUGGGGUGGUGCUGACCUACCCCAUCCUGAUCUCCAUUGGCACCGUGCUCAGCGUCCCUGGAAAUGCAGCCGUGGACCUGCUGAAGCACAAAAUGAUCUUCAGCGUGGUGCGGCUGGGGGCCACCAUCAUCAUCUGCAUCGGGUUCCUGCUGAUGCUGCUGCCCGAGGAGUGGGACGAGAUCACCCUGAGGUUCAUCAACAGCCUGAAGGAGAAGAAGAGCGAGGAUCACUCCGAGGACAUCACGGAGUCCAGCGUGCACACGAGGAGCAGGAGCAGAGCCAACGGGGCCGUGUCCAUCCCGCUGGCGUAGGGCUGGAGGAGCCUCCCUGCAGGCAGAUGUAUAUUCUGUGAAUAUAGCUUAACUUUCCUCACCACCUGUAUGCUUCAAAAAAAUGUCAUCUAACCUGAGCAGGGGAUGAACUGUAAGAUAAGAGAAGUACAUCUAUAAUAAAUGUUUACAUUUAUACACUUAACGAGGAACGGGUGUAAAUAACUGCAAUAAAAUCUUUUGUAAUAAACAAA